AGCUGUAAACAGAAAGUAUAUUUGAAGCGCAUUUAGCUCUGCAGUUUAAUACAAUUAUCACCUACUCUGUUACAUUAGCUUCAAGAAAUUGUUGACUUUCCUCUGACUUUUUUUUCUUCAAGUUACAAGCUAUGGGUUGUACGUUGGUUAGUGCUGUUCUACUUGCUGCUUUCCUACAAGGUGCUUUAAGUUUCCCAUUCUUUUCAGAGGAAACUGCAAAUCAGUUUUUACGGCUUAAAAGACAAGCAUAUUCGCAACAUUUCUGGGAACCAAAUUAUUCAGAAAAUUCAUGGGGAACAGCUUUAUCUGAACAGACAAGGGGAACAUGGAACUCUUUCAGAAAUACUGCACAAUAUUACAUUGACUUGGUGUCAUACCAUCCAUCUGCUGUUGGGAAUCAAGUCAGAGACUACAUUAACUUGCUUUGGGAGUCUGAUUUUCAUGAUAAGGAAGAAGCAAACAAAUAUAAUUAAAUCACAAUCUACAGAGAGAAAUUAAUUACUUUUUUAAACAUGUAAAAUUGAUUGACCUGAAUGCUAUUAUAUCUUGUUAAAAUGCAAUAAAUUUUGUUAUUACAAUGUUUAUUUAUAGCAUGCAAUGGAAAUAGCUAUACUUAUUCAAUGUGAGAAUUAAAUGGUUCAUGUCUGAGCUGAUAAAACAAAACUGUAAGAUAAAGACUUAUAGCCUAGAGGAGAAAGGGGUGACAUUUUUUCAAAUGUAUCAGACUAUUUAAUUAAAAUAUAGAAGGAACAAUUUAAAGAGACAUUUUUAUACAAAAACGACAAGCUCAAAUUUGUUAGGAGCUGCAAGCCUUGUAGCAUUGAUUGACGGGUUUACUGAUUGUCUGGCCAUUUAUGUCCUGCUCAGGAGUGUGACUGUACAUAUGUUUUAACCCCACGUGCAUGGGUUUAAGACAUAUUAUGGUAGAGCCAAAAAUACAAAAACUGACACGAUUUAACAAAUUAGAAUAUGUCAUUUUUGCAAAAUGAAUGUCCCUUUAAAGUAUUAGUACAAAAUAUUAUGAAUUGAAAAGGGUAGUCAAUGUAACAUAGUACUGAAAAGUAUUCAAAGCAUUGCAAAUAUAGAAGGUAUGUACUUUACCUUAAAGGGAGUAAAAUCAAGAUUUCCACGCUCUAGGGCACCCUCUCCAGUGUCAGGUUCUAGCUAUUGUCACCAGUGUCCAGUCCAGAAGUCUUUUUUUCUUUUUCUCUAGGUACAGUCAGGUCUACACUUAACAUUUGUGGGGGCCUGGGCAAGAUCCCUCAGCCCAACCCCCUUAUUCAUCUUCCCUUGCAUGCCCUGCCCCCUGUAUGGUUCUCCCCUGUGCCAACAUUUAAUGUGUCCUAUAUAAAAAAUAAUACUAUAUAUUACAUCUCCUUAUACCAUUAACACUUUUUCAUAAACUAAAUACAGAAUGUACAUGGCAUCUUCUCAUACCCCCACUCAGUGUGGGGCCCGUAGCAGGUUAUUUUAUGCCUUACUGCCUGCCCCAUAGACUCUUAAAAGAGCGUGCUCUGGUGGUCAACAAUCAAGGGACAUUUUCCAAAACUUUUAAACUAAACAAGGGCCUUCUUUUACUACAGAAAUAUGUUUCAGUUCCUUUAACUCAGAUGGAAAUAGUUUCAGAAAUAGUUUAUGGAAGUAUUAUUUUAUUGAAAGGGUACUAGAAGUGAAAAAGCAAUAAUAUUGACAAAUACAGUAUUGACCUUUAAGAAUGCCAGUUUUUUUUUUUUUAGGCAUUGUUUGUAUGUGCUUUGAAAGACAAUGUUUACAUUUCUUAUGUUUAUUGAAUAUUUUUAGGCUCUAUAUUUAAUGAGAAUAGGUAGCAAAAUGAAUACCUGUCUGCAGCGAUUUAAGUCAAUAUAAUCACAAUAAAAUGGAAAUUAAAUAU